GAUAGCCGUUCAGCAAUUGGAAAAAUGGCAGCGCACAGGUGCAAUAUUGUUGUGCUGGCGUUCGUUCUUUGUGGAUUAACAUAUGUGUUUGUUACAGCAGACAUACAAGACACAAAUAAUGUGAAAGAUGAUGAAAGCGGCGCCGUUGAUAGUGCACCGAAGACGAAUAUAGGCGCGUCACUGCAAUCAACUAAAACCGAGGACCAAACCCAGGCUACGGAAGAGGAGAGGCAAUGGGAGGCUACCAAGGCCGAAACGAAUCCAGCAGAUGCUCCAAGCGACAACAAAGCUGACCAUGUCCAUGAUACCAUCCAAAACCCUGACAGUACUCCAACACCGCCUGCAAAAGACCAAACCCAAGAGGCAGCAGAAGAAGAGAGGCAAUGGGAGGCUACCGAGGUCAAAGAAGCUGACCAUGUCCCUGUCACCAUGCAAACCCCAGACGUCCCUCCACCAACGCCCGCAAAAGACCAGUUUCAGGAAGAGUUGGUGAUCAGACCAUUGCAUUCUGGGGAUAUCUAUGCCAGCUUCCAGUUCCGCACCCUGUGGGAUACAGACUUCUUGCGUGGAAGUAAAGUCUCCCACUACCGACUCUUCCCAAAAUCGCUGGGCCAGGUGAUUUCAAAGUUCUCUGUGCGGGAGCUCCACAUCUCCUUCACUCAGGGCUACUGGAGGACCAUGCAGUGGGGCCAGCCCUUCCUACCAUCGCCCCCUGGUGCUGAACUGUGGGUAUGGUUCCAGGACACUGUCACUGAUGUGGACGGUGCCUGGAAGGAGCUGACCAACGUUCUCUCUGGGAUCUUCUGUGCCUCCCUGAAUUUCAUUGACUCCACCAACACGGUGCAGCCCAGUGCCUCAUUCAAGCCUCUAGGCUUGGGCAACGUGACAGACCAGCGCUUCCUCCGCUAUGCUGUGUUGCCGCGGGAGAUCGUCUGUACUGAGAACCUGACUCCGUGGAAGAAACUCCUUCCCUGCGGCUCCAAGGCUGGUCUGGCAGUCCUGAUGAAGUCUGAGAAACUCUUCCACAGCAGCUUCCACUCCCAGGCUUUACACUUCAGACCUGUGUGUCAGGACUGGAAGUGCAAAUCCACAGUGUGGGAGCUGAGACAGACACUGAACGUGGUGUUCGACCUUCACACCUCUGGCCAGGGCAAACGAGAGUGGUCCCUGUUCAAGAUGUUCUCUCGCACCCUGACUGAAGCCUGCCCGCUGGCCUCCUCCAGUAAAGUAUACGUGGACGUCACAGACAACCCUCAGGGAGAGCUGUUUGAGCUUAGCCCAACCACUCCCCUGCUCAGCCAGGCUGUGGUGCUUGGGGACCGGAGGACCUACUCGGUCUACGACCUCACUAACCAGGCCACGUUCGGACAGACGCGCUCCCUCAACAUGCUGCUGCGCUGGAGAGCAGCCGAGAGUGGAGACAUGCUGCGUCCCCUACUGCAUGGAGAGCGCUACGUGGCCGGCUACGGGCUGCAGACGGGAGAGAUCCACACCCUGAUGUACAACAACCAUCCGUACCGGGCCUUCCCUGUCCUCCUACUAGAGACUGUGCCCUGGUACCUGCGCCUCUACAUCCACACGCUCACCGUCACCAGCAAGGGGCGUGACAACAAACCCAGCUACAUUCACUACCAGCCGUCCAAGGACCGCCUUCGGCCCCACCUGCUGGAGAUGCUGGUCCAGAUGCCCCCUAACUCUGUGACCGAGGUGACCGUGCAGUUUGAGAGGGCACUCCUCAAGUGGACCGAGUACACCCCCGACCCCAACCACGGCUUCUACGUCGGGUCUUCUGUUAUCAGCGCUCUCGUGCCCAGUGUCGUUGCCAUGGAUACCAACAGCACUCGGGAAUGCCCACUUUUCAGCAGCUUUUUCCCCUGUAAAGAGGAGUCCAGUUACUUCAUGCGGGUCUACACGGAGCCCUUGCUGGUGAACCUGCCCACCCCUGAUUUCAGCAUGCCCUACAACGUCAUCUGCCUCACCUGCACCGUGGUGGCCGUGGGUUACGGCUCCCUCUACAACCUCCUGACCCGCAACUUCCAGGUGGAGGAGCCCAGCCCGGGCCUGGCCAAACGGCUAGCCAACAUAAUCCGCAGGCUACGGGGUGUGCCACUGCUGUGAUGAGCCAGAAUGCUAACUUAAACAACAACAACAACAGCAGAGGUCAGUGGCUACACCACUUGGGAACUGUGACCAUAAGUUUCAGGAAGAUACCGCUUUAAGCGCUGGAAACUUCGAAAAAAAUUAAUAAAAAAAUAACUCUACGUUUCUGUUUCGUGAAGGAUAAAGGAGUUGAUGAACAAUGAAGUCUCUAAUGAAGUGUCAUGGAUUCGAUGGACGUUGAAGGCUUUUUCUUGCCCGUGAGAAGCAAAAAAGGGUGGCCUUUCUUUAGUGCACUACUGCUGUUCUAAUUAAACAGGGAAUCACGCAUUUAAGGCAGGAAACAAAGUGUUUGCGCCUGGGUUUCAUUGGAGACAGUUGGCUGCAAGAAUCACAGCAAGCUCAUUGUUGGUUACUGGAAAAAGUAAUUGUCUGUUAUAGAUCACAAGGAAGCCAUUGCUCUGAGAUCUCAGAGUCUCAGAGUAUGAGUGCUGAUCUAGGAUCAUGUUCCAUAUAAUCUUAUUCAUUGUGUUCUAGAAAACAAAACUGGUCCUAAAUCAGCACGUUUGGUAAAUGCAGCUCCAGAUUCAUCUGUUAAAUGUUAACUGAGAUAAAUAAGGUUUGUAUUUUUAGUUGAUGUUGAAAUGUUAAAUGCACUGACUAACAGAACUUUCAUAGCCAGUUGCCUUUUAUUGUUUUGAUAUGUUGGAUUCACAUUUGUUUAUUUAUCAUAGAACCAGUCAAAACGUUUGCACCCAAAAAUCUCUACUGGAAACGACUGUUGAUUUAAAGAAACUUGUCUUAGCCAGCCUUUGUCCAAAUUUCUCUUUGAAGUUGUAGUGUUCUCUAAUUGGCAGUACCUUUGGUAAGCCUUUGUAGCACAAAUACCCAACAAACAACAUUAAAAAGAGGAGUUUGCCAUGCAUUCUUAUUAGGAACUAGACUAACUAAGGCUAAGUACACCCUCCAUGCAUUUACUUUUUAAGACUGCUUGUUCUUUGUAUAUUAAACUGCUCUCAAUACUUACAUUUUACUGAACAACAUUAGAAUGUGUGAAGAUAUAUUGGGUAACCAUGGGUAUAUAUAUAAAAAAAAAAAUC